GUUCAAUCAUCAUGCGUCUGUUUUUUCUGUAUUAAUCUCUCAAACCUCUUCAGUUUGACUCAAAACCAGGAAAAGGUCAAUAAUUUUCAGAAUUUGAACCUGGAGGGUUACAGAUGGACUCAUCCUGGAGCCAAUCACAGUGGGUUUAAUGUGUCGUCUGGAUGUGAUUGGAUGAUUUUCACUGAGAUUCAGAUGCUUUUAGGAUCCAGAAUGAAUGUAAAGCAGAUGUUGAACCUGCUCCAGAGGUCAGAGGUCACAGAGUUCAGUGGUGUUCAGGUGGUCACACUAAUGUUUAGUAUGAUCCACCUGUGGGUUUGACACCAGGACUUAAGGUGAGCAGAGUGGGAGGUAAAGCACCACCUGGAUGUUCAGGUUCAUGGUCAGGUUGAUUUCCUCAGGGAUGGGAGUUGAUUCAUCAGUGAUUUUCUACGUCUUACAUAUGAAGGUCCAAAACGAUCCUAAAUAUAUUAGUUUAUAUUAGUAUGAUGUUGUGUUUAUGUGCACCUCAUGUCUUUCCAGGUGAGACUCAGAUGUAUCCAGGAAACAGCUCAGUGUGACGAACACAAACCCUUUUCUGUUCCACGUCCACAGCCGAAUGGAUCAGAGUGAGGACAGAGAGGAGGGAGCCCCUCCCUGGAAGACCACCCACAGACCCCCCACAGGACCUGGACCUGGACCCGAACCUGGACCUGGAUCUGGACCCAGCUGUGUGUCCAUGAAGAGUGAUGACUCCAUGAAUCGAUUCAUAGAGUUUAAAACAGGACGUGUUCCACAGACUCAACCUGGACCUGGACCUGGACCUGGACCUGGACCUGGACCUGGACCUGGACCCAGCUGUGUGUCCAUGGAGAGUGAUGCCUCCAUGGAUCGAGGGAUGGUGUUUAAAACAGGACGUGUUCCACAGACUCAAGUGGAGCAGCAGAGCUCAGAGGUUCCCAGUGGUCUUCAGGAUCAGACUCAGCUGGACUCCAUAUUUAAGCUGCUGGAGGAGAACAUCUGCACUUUUGUCAAGAACAAACUGAGGAAGUUCCACAAGGUUCUGAGUCCAGAUUACCCAGAAUGCUUAGGGAGUCUGAGUGAUGAGGAUGAAGAGCAGAGGAGGAGCUCCGAGGCUUUUCUGAAGAUCACACUGAACUUCCUGAGGAGGAUGAAGCAGGAGGAGCUGGCUGAGCGUCUGCACCGCAGAAGUCGGUCUGGAGUUCAGCAGCGGAAACUGAAACGUAACCUGCAGCUGAAGUUUGAGUGUGUGUUUGAGGGCAUCGCUAAAGCAGGAAACCCCAAAACCCUCCUGAACCAGAUCUACACAGAGCUCUACAUCACAGAGGGAGGGGCUACAGAGGUCAACCAGGACCAUGAGGUCAGACAGAUUGAAACAGCAUCCAGGAACCCACACAGACCACCAACAACCAUCACAUGUGAAGACAUCUUUAAAACACCAGCUGACAGAGAUCGACCAAUCAGAACAGUGCUGACAAAGGGCGUGGCCGGCAUCGGGAAAACAGUCUUAACACAGAAGUUCAGUCUGGACUGGGCUGAAGACAAAGCCAACCAGGACAUCCACUUCAUAUUUCCAUUCACCUUCAGAGAGCUGAAUGUGCUGAAACAGAAGAAGUUCAGCUUGGUGGAACUGGUUCAUCACUUCUUCACUGAAACCACAGAAGCAGGAAUCUGGAUCUUUGAAGACCACCAGGUGGUGUUCAUCUUAGACGGUCUGGAUGAGUGUCGACCUCCUCUGGACUUCAACAACACUCAGAUCCUGACUGAUGUGACAGAGUCCAGCUCAGUGGAUGUGCUGCUGAUGAACCUCAUCAGGGGGAACCUGCUUCCCUCUGCUCGCCUCUGGAUAACCACACGACCUGCAGCAGCCAAUCAGAUCCCUGCUCAGUGGGUGGACAUGGUGACAGAGGUCAGAGGGUUCACUGACCCACAGAAGGAGGAGUACUUCAGGAAGAGGUUCACAGAUGAAGAACAGACCAACACAAUCAUCUCCCACAUCAAGACGACACGAAGCGUCCGCAUCAUGUGUCACAUCCCAGUCUUCUGCUGGAUCACUGCUACAGUUCUGGAGGACGUGUUGAAGACCACAGAAAGAAGACAACUGCCCAAGACCCUGACUGAGAUGUACAUCCACUUCCUGGUGGUUCAGGCCAAAGUCAAGAACAUCAAAUAUGAUGGAAGAUCUGAGACAGAUCCACACUGGAGUCCAGAGACCAGGAAGAUGAUUGAGUCUCUGGGAAAACUGGCCUUUGAGCAGCUGAAGAAAGGAAACCUGAUCUUCUAUGAAGCAGACCUGACAGAGUGUGGCAUCGAUAUCAGCUCAGCCUCAGUGUACUCAGGAGUGUUCACAGAGGUCUUUAGAGAGGAGAGAGGACUGUACCAGGACAAGAGGUUCUGCUUCAUCCAUCUGAGUGUCCAGGAGUUUGUGGCUGCUCUUCAUGUCCAUCAGACCUUCAUCAACACUGGAGUCAAUCUGCUGUCAAAAAAACGAACCACAUCCUGGUGGUCUGGACCUGCAGAGACACAGUUCUACCAGACCGCUGUGGACCAGGCCUUACAGAGUCCAAAUGGACACCUGGACCUGUUCCUGCGCUUCCUCCUGGGUCUAUCACUGCAGACCAAUCACAGACUCCUACAAGGUCUGAUGAAACAGACAGGAGGUAGCUCAGUGACCAAUCAGAAGACAGCUGAGUACAUCAAGAAGAAGAUCAAUGAGGAACUGUCUGCAGAGAGAAGCAUCAACCUGUUCCACUGUCUGAAUGAACUGGAGGAUCGAUCUCUGGUGGAUCAGAUCCAACGGUACCUGAGAUAUGGAGGUCUCGGCACAGUGCAUCUGUCUCCUGCUCAGUGGUCAGCUCUGGUCUUCAUCUUACUGUCAUCAGAGAAGGAUCUGGAUGAGUUUGACCUGAACAAAUACUCUCCUACAGAGGAGGCUCUUCUGAAUUUGCUGCCAGUCGUCAAAGCCUCCAACAAAGCUGUGUUAAGUGUCUGUAACCUGUCAGAGAGAAGCUGUGAAGGUCUGUCCUCAGUUCUCAGAUCCCAGUCCUCUGGUCUAACACAUCUGGACCUCAGCAACAACAACCUGAAGGAUUCAGGACUGAAGAUCCUGUCAGAUGGACUAAGGAGUCCAGACUGUAAACUGGAGACUCUCAGGUUGAGUGUCUGUAACCUGUCAGAGAGAAGCUGUGAAGGUCUGUCCUCAGUUCUCAGAUCCCAGUCCUCUAGUCUAACACAUCUGGACCUCAGCAACAACGACCUGAAGGAUUCAGGACUGAAGAUCCUGUCAGAUGGACUAAGGAGUCCAGACUGUAAACUGGAGACUCUCAGACUGUCAGGAUGUCUGAUCACAGAGGAAGGAUGUUCUUCUCUGGUCUCAGCCCUAAAGUCCAAUCCGUCCCAUCUCAGACUGCUAGACCUGAGCUACAACCAUCCAGGAGCCUCAGGACAGGAGCUGUGUGCUCUAGUGGAGGAUCCACACUGGACACUGGACACUGUCAGGUUGGAGCCCAGUGGAGUCCGAUGGUUGAGACCAGGUCUGAGGAAGUAUUUCUGUGAACUCACCCUGGAUCCAAACACAGCGAACAGAAAACUGAAACUGUCUGAAAACAACAAGAAGGUGGAACGAGUGGAGGAGGUUCAGUCAUAUCCUGAUCAUCAGGACAGAUUUGUGGACUGGGAACAGCUGAUGUGUUCAACUGGUCUGACUGGUCGCUGUUACUGGGAGGUGGAGUGGAGUGGAGAGGUUGAUAUAUCAGUGACUUACAGAGGAAUCAGAAGAAAAGGAGAGAGUGAAGACUGUGUGUUUGGAAGAAAUGAUCAGUCCUGGAGUCUGGAGUGUUAUGAAGGUGGGUACAGGGCCUGGCAUAAGAGCAACUACAAAGACCUCCAUCAGUCCUCCUCCUACUCUUCCUCCAGUACAGUCUCAGUGUAUGUGGACUGUCCUGCUGGAUCCUUGUCCUUCUACAGAGUCUCCUCUGACAAACUGAUCCACCUCCACACCUUCAAAACCACAUUCACUGAACCACUGUUUGGAGGAUUUGGACUCAAGCCAGAAUCCUCUGUGUGUCUGUGUGAUAUGUAGAUGUGUUGUGUACAUUUUCUUUCAUUGUUGAAAUAAUUUUUGAAAUUCUUCAACAAGUAUUUUGUUUAUUUUUAUGCUUUAUAUGUUUCAUAAAAUUAGAAACGAAUCCAACCAGUAGUUUCAGAGAAGAAUUUCUAAUGAAGACGACGCCUCCACAAUAACUCAUCUGUGUGCAUUUUUUCCACAGUGAGAGGAUUAGGACUGUAGACUGAAAAUGACAGUUACAGUAAAGGAGCGCAUUUACAGAAGAAAGACAGAAUGUUGGAGAAAAUUAUAUUUUUUAUAGAUAUAUUUUAACUUUAUUUUUUGUACAUGUACGUAAACAUCUGUUUCUCAGUGGAAUUCCAGUCUUUGAGUCCUAAAGGCUCAUGAGUGUCAUGUCUGAGUCUUCCUUCAUGGACACUUCAGCAGCUGAACACAAGAGGGCGCCGUCAUCCUGUUCAAACACAUCCACUCAGUCUGUGCAUUUUCAAUCCACAUGUCUGUAGAUUCCAUCCAAAACUCCUGCUGUGUCUGCCACAUAUGAGGAGGAAUUACUGCUGUUAAAGAUCAAACUCACACAUAAGUCGAUUUUAUGGACUGUGUAAAAUGACAAAUAAAAGCAUCUGAACUGAACCUUUUGUUUUUUCUGAACAUUAACGGACCACUUAUCACACAUAAGACUAUUGUAUGGACUUGGACUUUUAACAAGAGUGAAUCAAUGUGAAAAUCAUCUGUUUCUUUACAUGUUGAUGCUUUUGUGUGAAUAAAUGUAGAUAAAAUUGAAUCCUUUACUGAUGUGAUGAGAGAAAAGCAGCAGAUUAUUGUGAAUUUUUAAUCAGGUGUAAAGUGACAAAUAAAAGCAUCUGA